ACGGUGAUUACGACGACUUCCUUGCGAUUCUUUACGCGCUUAAAUCCAAGGAGCUUGAUGUACGAGGCGUUACUUACCAAGGAGGUGGAUGGUCCCAUGCAGCUUCGGCCCAGAAUAUUGUUGAUAUCAUCGACGACAUUUAUCCUGGAAAGAACAUUCCUGUAAUACUUGGCGCUGAUUAUAGCCUCUAUGAAUCUGACAGAAACCCCAAUACUUUAGGUAGCCCAGGCUGUACUCACCAGAAAUCGGUCCCGGAAGGUGCAGGCGGAAGACGCGAUACUGAUUUGCUGUUCGGUCUCAAUCGAAAACUCAGACUGUCAAAGCGGAUAUGGUAUGACGCUAUUAAAGGAUUUAAUAUCACCAAAGACUUUUCUGACCUCAUCGACUCUACGAUUAAACAAACUGGCAAGAAACCUGUAAUCAUAGCAACGGGCCCAGUUACCAAUAUCGCUAAACUUCUACGUGCUUUUCCAACUUACACUACAAAAAUCGAACGAGUUUUCUGGAUGGCCGGUGCUUUAGAUAUCGCUGGAAAUAUGUAUAGCGUGCCAAAUAAUACUCGUGCCGAAUUUAAUGUUUAUCUUGACUGUGUUGCUGCUCAAGAAUUACUUGCCGCCACUGACCUGAAAAUCACUUUGAUACCCCUUGACUUUACAAAUAAAACACCGCUCAAUACUGCUUUUUUUAACAAACUUUCAGCCCUCACAAGUUUCUACGGAAAGUUUGCAUAUGAAUUUUUAUCCAUGAUUCGCGCGACAUGGUUGGGUGGUGAUCCUGGAUUUUUUAGUGGUUUUUUUCUCUGGGAUCCUAAAGCUGUUGCUGUCGUCAAAAAUGUUGGUAUCGCAAAGAUUGCACCAAAUCGCACCUUGGCUGUUACCUGUGAGGGAAACGUGGAUUACGAUGGUCAGUUCGUAGUUUCUCAAGUCUUGAUCAAAGCAAAUCUUCAAAUUGCCGUUGAGCCUAUUAUUAGUAACCCUGUUGACAACUCUCCAUUCUUCCAAGAUUUCAUCAAUGUUCUUAGAAAUUAA